UUGGGGCAGUUGUGUUAAUGCGCUCUGAAAAUCAUGGCACUUUCAUAGGUAACCCCUGACACUUAUAAACAUGGCUGCCAUGAAGAAAGUACUACUUGCUGUUGCUGUUGCUACCUUUGCAGCUUUCAGUGGACAGAGGUUCCUUAAACUGAAGGAAAUCAUGCUUGCUUCCAGAGAGAUUCCAGUGAAACACCUCAGCUGUCAUUAUUUGCAGAAUAUUGAAUAUGGGGCAGAGGAUAUCACAAUACUGAAAGAUGGACUGGCCUUCAUGAGUACGGGGUUGAAGUUUCCUGGAUUACAUUCAUUUUCUGAUGAACCAGGGAAAAUGUAUGUUUUGGAUCUGCUGCACCCGAGGCCCACUCCAGUGGAGCUGCAAAUCAGCGGAGAACUGGACCUCACCUCGUUCAACCCACAUGGCAUUAGUGCAUACACUGAUGAAGCAGAUGACUCUGUGUACGUGUUUGUGGUCAAUCACCCUCAUCACAACAGCCAAGUAGAGAUCUUUCGUUAUGUUGAGGAAGACACACUCGUGCACCUAAAAACCAUCACCCACCCCUUACUCCACAGUGUGAAUGACAUUGUUGCAGUCGGAGUGGAGAGCUUCUACGCCACAAAUGACCGCUACUUUCACAGUGACGCACUUCUGCUUGUUGCUGUCUUUUUGGACUUAACCUGGUGUGACGUGGUGUUCUACAGUCCACACGAAGUGAGGAUGGUGGCCGAUGGUCUGCGGUCCCCAAACGGGAUAAACCUAUCUCCUGACAAAAGGUAUAUAUACGUUUCAGAUAUUAUGGAUCAUGACAUAGAUGUUUUUGAAAGGCAAGAAGGGGAACAAUUGAGGUACAUCAAGUCUGUAGCUGUUGGAUCACUUUGUGACAACAUCGAGGUGGACCAUAAGACAGGUGACGUAUGGCUGGGCUGUCACCCAAAUGCCAUGAAGUUGUCAAGCUACGAUCCUGAAGAUCCACCCGGCUCUGAGGUGCUCCGGAUCAAGAAUAUUCACUCAGAGAAGCCAGUGGUGAGCCUGGAGUAUGCGGAUGAUGGCCAUGUCCUUAUGGGCUCCAGUGUAGCAGCUCCUUAUGAGGGAAAGUUGCUUAUUGGCUCAGUUUUCCACAAAGCCUUAUACUGUCUUCUAAAAUAAUGCCGUUGAUCACUGUUGCUUAAUGAUAGAAAUGUUGUAAAGGGAUGAAAAAAAAAAUAAAAUAAAAAGACAUAUUCUUUGCCAUUUAUAAAAAAAUAAAAUCGUGCAAAAUAGUGACCUUGUAAGACAGGAAA